UCAGCUUGAGCUCGAGACACUCCUGCGCGCGGGAGGAUGCCGGUUCGACGGGGGCACGUCGCGCCGCAAAACACUUUCCUCGACACAAUCAUCAGGAAAUUCGAAAGUCAAAGUAGAAAAUUCAUCAUAGCCAAUGCGCGGGUGGAGAACUGCGCCAUCAUCUUCUGUAACGAUGGCUUCUGUCACAUGUGCGGCUACACGAGGGCUGAAAUCAUGCAAAAGCCCUGCACCUGCAACUUCCUGUACGGCCCACACACUAAGAGGCUGGCCAUCGCGCAGAUGGCACAAGCGCUGCUGGGGUCAGAAGAGAGGAAGGUGGAGAUAGCGCUCUACAGGAAGGACGAUCAGUCGCUGAACAGAGAUUUGAAGGGAGGAUUCGCCACGCCCGCAGGUGGCGUCGUUUAUAUGAUCUGUGGACUGCACAGCAUCACGCUAGCCAUCAUAGUUUCCACUGUUUAUGUGUUCGGCUGUCUGUUUGGUGUUCGUCCCGUACCCUGCACCCUCCUGACCUGCGCUGGAACAGGACAUUAG